AGUGGGAUCGACCAUAUAUACAAGGUGAAUUUACCACGACACGAUGAGGCUCUUCAAAUGUUCUGCAUGUAUGCUUUUGGUCAGAAGUCUCCAUAUGAUGGUUUUGAGAAGCUAGCUCAAGAAAUUACAACACUUUCUGGUGGGUUACCUGUGGGGAUAAGGUUUAUGGGCUCCUAUUUUCGGGGAAAGUCCAAGAAGGAGUGGGAAAAUGAACUACCAAGGUUAAAGACUAGCGUUGACGGAGGGUUGGGGAGCAUUCUAAAGUUCACUUACGAUGCUUUAUCUGGUCAUGAUAAAGAAAUAGCUCACCAUUAUAUAUCCUCUUUACGCGAUGUAAAGGGUCUCUCGGAAGCGAGGCAAGAACUUACCAUCACAAACGAAGAUUUGAAGCUGCUCAGAAAUCUCAAGUGGAUGGAUUUGAUUAGGUCAAGGGGUUUGAAAGAGCUUCCAGCCACUAAUCUAAAAAGGUUGAAUCUCAGCUAUUGCUCAAGCCUGGGGAAACUCCCUCCUCCUGUUGAAAAGACAAGUAUGCUUAAAAAACUGGAUGUCGGUAGUUGCUCAAAGCUGGUGACAUUUCCAAAUUUAGAACUGGCCAAACUCAGCCAGUUGAUUAAUUUAAGGUUCACACACGUAGAUUUCCAUCCAACGAACUGGUACACUAAAGCAGAGAUGAAUAAAGCUAUUGCCACUGAUAUUUCGACCAAGUUGAACAAUGCCGCACCAUUUAGUGAAUUCGAGGGCCUAGUUGGGAUGGGAGAUCAUAUAAAAAAGAUGGAAGAGUUGUUACGUCUGGACUUAGAUGAAGUACGGGUCAUAGGAAUUAGUGGUCUUCUUGGCAGUGGUAAGACAACCAUCGCCAAAUAUAUAAACCAACUUCUCGCUCAUCAGUUCCAGUUAAGCACAUUUAUUAACAUCAAAGGAGGCGAUCCAAUUUUUUUCCACGAUGAGCACAAGGCGAAAUUGCACUUGCAGACCCAAUUGUUUUCUCAACUAAUCAAUGAAAAGGACACUGGGGAGAGUCUUCAUUUGGGAGUUGCACAAGAAAGUUUUAAAGACAAGAAAGUGUUAGUCGUCCUUGAGGACGUGGAUCAGUUUGGAGUAAGACAAUUAGAAGUCUUGGUGAAAGAAUUGCGGGGGUUUGGACCUGGAAGUAGGAUUAUCAUAACAUCACAAGACCGAAAGUUUUUAAAGGCGCAAGGGAUCAAACAUAUUUACAAGGUGGGAUUUCCAGCAUCUGAUGAGGCUCUUCAAAUCUUUUGCAUGUAUGCUUUUGGUCAGAAGUCUCCAUAUGAUGGGUUUGAGAAGCUUGCUCAAGAAAUUACAACACUUUGUGGUGAGUUACCUGCGGGGAUAAGGUUUAUGGGCUCCUACUUUCGGGGAAAGUCCGAGGAAGAGUGGGAAAAUGAACUACCAAGGUUAAAGACUAGCGUUGACGGAGGGUUGGAGAGCAUUCUAAAGUUCACUUACGACGGUUUAUCUGGUCAUGAUAAAGAAAUCGCUCACCAUUAUAUAUCCUCUUUACGCGAUGUUGAAUUGACUGAGAAAAUGGAAACGUUUUUACGUAAGGGCCUCUCGCAAGUGAGGCCAAAGCUUACCAUCACAAACCAAGAUGUCAAGGAAAAUGUUAAUACAAGUGAAAGAGCUUCCAGAGGAAUGUCUUCUAAUGGAUUACUACCCACCGUACACAUCUACUGCGCAGAUACAUUACAGUACUCUUUUGCCAGUCACCUCUCCUUGGAUUUCCACCGGAAAGGCAUUGUUGCGUCAGUACAUUGCAAUGAGUCCCUGGAUGUGAAAGAGGGAGCUAGUGCUUCUGUGGUGGUUUUAUCUAAGGAUUAUUUGUCCUCCCCCUCAUGCCUAGACACGCUCGUGAGGGUUCUUCAGUGCCGGAGGAAACACGUCCAGCUGGUGGUUCCAGUGUUCUAUGAUUUUAGUCCAUCAGAUAUGACCGUGCCUAAGCAAGAGUCAGAUCAUCGGAUAGUAAAUUGGACCAGUGCGCUCAAAGAGUUGAGAGAAUCACCAGAUAUACAAUCUAGGUAAAUGUGUAUAUAUUAAUUUAUUGUUUGCAUUUUUAUAAGAAUAUAAGUUUAUGAUGUUACCUAUGAAAUCCAACACUAAACAACAAAAAGUUGCACUAAUCUGGA